AUGUUAAUCACUAGAGCGUCAUUAGUUCGAAUCUUACCAAAUACUAUUAUUAAAAGACACUCUCAAUAUUUAUAUAAAUCUUUAUUCCCAAUUGUUUCGCGUAAUUUUUCUUUGCAAAUUGAUACGGAAAAACCAAAAACCUUUUCCAACCAGCAUAUUAUUCCACGUCAACCCAUUCCAACAUUACAAGAAACUGCUGAACGUUACAAAAAAAGUUUGCUACCAAUUUUUAGGUCUGAAGACUAUGCUCGUGCUGUUAAUGUAAUCGAUGAAUUUGUUAAAGUUGGCGGUUUAGGUGAAGUUCUUCAGUCAAGGUUGCAUGAAUUAGAUAAAUUCGAAAAGUAUAGUUGGCUUGAAAAUCUCUGGUUGAAUAAAGCUUACCUUGAAUGGCGUGAACCCACGCUUAUAAACGUUAAUUGGUGGUGCGAAUUCAAAGAUCAUCCUAAUGGGAUUCUCAAGCAAACCUUACCAAAGGGACAAGUUACAGAUUUUCAGAUAAACAGAGCGGCCGGUUUUAUUUCCAAUUUAUUGAGUUUCAAUGAUGCGAUUAACAAUGAAUUAAUACCUCCGGAGACUACGCGUCAAGGUCCCUUAUGUAUGAACCAAUAUAGAAAACAAUUUGGUACAUCUCGAAUUGCUGAUUUUCCGUCUGAUCGGAUUAUUUCCUCCUGGCCGACUACUGCCAAACAUAUAAUCGUCUUGUUUAGGGACCAAAUUUUUAAUGUUCAAGUUUUAGGCGAAGGGGGAGCAAGGAUCCCUAUCAAGGAUAUUGAAAGGCAACUUAAAUCGAUAGUUGAACAAGUCAAUAAUACCAGCGAGCUACAACUUCCUAUUGGUUUGUUGACUGCCGAACAUCGAGACAUUUGGGCUGCGGCACGCAAAUCACUUGAAUCUAUACCAGAAAAUCGAUUUAAUUUAGAAGUAAUCGAUACGGCAUUGUUUUGCGUUGCAUUAGAUGAUUACUCGACCGAUAGUGAUAUAGACAUUACUCACCACAAUCUUUUCCAUGCAUUUAAUGGUCGUAAUCGUUGGUUCGACAAAUCUCUUCAAUUUAUUGUUCAGAGCAAUGGACGUGCUGGAGUCAACGGAGAGCAUUCCCCUGCCGAUGCAGUUAUUCCUGGGCGUAUCUUUGAUGAUAUUGUAUCAAAGGAGCCAGCGCAGGACCCAAAAAACAGUUAUUCAAUCUCACUUCCUGUCCCUAAACAUCUUAAAUGGGUCAAUGAUUCUUCACUGGAAACCGUCAUUAAUAAGGCACAAUCUAAUAUUCAGAAGGUCAUUGAUAACGUUGAUAGUGUUUUGUUGCACUAUAAUGAAUACGCUAAAUUCAGUCCGGACGCGUUUGUCCAAAUGGCUUUGCAGCUUGCUUAUUAUCGGCAAUAUGGAGAACCAUGUCCGACUUAUGAAUCAGCCUCUACCAGAGGAUUUUUACAUGGACGCACAGAAACAGUGAGGUCUUGUUCAGUCGAUAGUGUAGCCUUUACAAAAGCUUUUGAUGAUAAAGAUAUCAAGAAAGAACAAAAGCUUGCUUUAUUCACAAAUGCAAUCAAAGCUCAUAUUGAAUACAUGAUUUCAGCUACCAAUGGUAAAGGCGUUGAUCGACAUUUGUUAGGAUUAAGAUGUCAAAUCCAAAGUGAAGAGGAAAAAUCACGUGCGCACAUUUUUACCGACCCAACAUAUAUACAAUCAAUGUAUUUCAAACUUUCAUCAUCUAAUAUGAGCCCGGGUGAUUAUUUUUAUGGUGGAUUUGGAGCUGUUGUGCCUGAAGGAUAUGGAGUCAAUUAUAGUAUUGGAAAAGAAGGAAUUAAGUUUAGUAUUAGCAGUUAUAAAACAUGUAAACAGACGGAUAGUGUGUCCUUUAGAAAAACAUUAAAGAAUGUGUUUGAUGAUCUUAGAGCUUCAUUAUGA